AGGUACUCACAGCUUCUUCCCUUCUUAUCCUCCAUGGCUUGUACGCUGCUUUUUCGUCUUUUCUUGGCUGCUUUGGUGGUCGAAUGCUGCCUCGGCGGCAGAUCCCUCGCGGCCUUGGUAGAGGAGCAACCGCUCAAGAUGGCCUACCAUAAGGGAGCUCUGCUCACCGGGAACGUCUCCGUCCACCUCAUCUUCUACGGUGAGUUCACCGCCCCGCAGCGCAGUGUCAUAUCGGACUUCGUCCAGUCCCUUUCUGGCACAAAGGACUCGCUCGAGCCCUCAGUCGCUUCCUGGUGGGGGACGCUAGCCAAGUACUACGCCACGUCUAAGGCGCCGCUCCCGCGGCUGCUCCUCGGGAAGCAGCUCCUCGACGCUGAAUACUCCCUCGGCCGCUUUCUCACCGACGCCGACCUCGCCGAGUUGGCGGCCCGCGCCUCUUCGCGGAGCAGGGGAUCUUUGGGCGUCGUGCUCACGGCGUCCGACGUGGCCGUGGAGCGGUUCUGCAUGAGUCGGUGCGGAUCCCACGGGCGGACUUCCGCGCUCUCCCGCGGCCGCCGUGGUGGCCGGUCCGCCUACGUCUGGGUCGGCGACUCGGGGACUCAAUGUCCCGGGCAGUGCGCGUGGCCGUUCCACCAGCCGAUGUACGGCCCGCAGGUUCCGCCGCUGGUUCCACCGAACGGCGACGUUGGGGCGGACGGCGCGGUGAUCAACCUAGCGAGCAUGCUGGCCGGCGUUGCCACCAACCCGUUCGGCGACGGGUUCUUCCAGGGGUCGAGGGCGGCGCCGCUGGAGGCCGCGACGGCGUGUCCCGGAGUCUUCGGCAAGGGGGCGUACCCGGGUUACCCAGGGGAACUCCUACUGGACACCGUCACUGAGGCCAGCUACAACGCCCACGGGGCCCACGGGAGGAGGUUCCUUUUGCCUGCGCUGUUUGACCCACUGACUUCUGCGUGCUCCACGUUGGCCUAGUUGAUUGGCUCACGAACAGACGUGUCCUCUGUGUGUACAUGAAUUACCACGACGGGGGUAUGGUUUUUGUGAUAUAAAAGCCCCUUUUUGUAAAUACUUAAUAAAUCAAACUUUGUUGAUAGACUA